AUGGACGAUGAUAUCAAUAGUCGUUUCUCAAGAGUCUUUAGAGAAGAAGGUUUUGGAUUUAGAGGUCUCCUUGAUGUGAGAAGACCUCUUCGAACGAAUUUAUCCUAUCAUGAAGAGAAUCAAAAUUUUAAUCAAGAAGGUGAUCUUAAUAGUAGUUCUGAGUUACCUUGCCAUGAACCAUCAUCUUCUUCUGAAGGAGGUCCGAGUACAGAUUUGCCAACAUAUGAAGAAGUAAUUAAUGCUGGUCAACCACCUAAUUAUGAAGAGGCUACUCGUACUGCGGAAUCUCCUGAUUUUGAAAUGGAUGUGAGUGAUGAAAAUGGGCAUGCAUAUGUUGGAUUGGUUAACCAAGCUAUGACAUGUUAUUUAAAUUCACUAAUUCAAUCCCUUUAUAUGACUCCUGAAUUUCGGAAUGCUGUAUUUGCAUGGAAAAGUAGUGAUUUAUCUUUAAUAGAUCAAGGUAAAAGUAUUGCUUUUCAGUUACAAAAAUUGUUUUUACUUUUGUUAACAAGUGAUCAAAGGGCACUAGAAACAAAAGAUUUAACAGCAUCUUUUGGAUGGAAUAGUAAUGAAGCAUAUGAUCAGCAUGAUGUUCAAGAAUUUUGUCAUAUUAUGUUUGAUGCUUUAGAACAUACAUGGAGAAAAUCAAAUCACAAAGAUUUAAUAUCAAAAUUUUAUCGUGGUAAAAUUGAAGAUUAUGUUAAAUGUUUAAAUUGUAAAAAUGAACGUAUAAAGGAAGACUUAUUUCUAGAUAUUCCUUUAACAAUUAAAAAAUUUGGAUCUAAUGAUUCUUUUACAUCUGUUGAGCAAUGUUUACGAGAAUUUACUAGUCCAGAAAUAUUAAAGGGUAACAACAAAUAUCAAUGUGAACAAUGUAAAAGUAAACAAGAUGCCAUAAAAGGAUUAAGAUAUAAAAAGUUUCCUUACAUUUUAUCCAUGCAGUUGAAAAGAUUUGACUUUAACUAUGAAAAUUGUAGUCGGAUUAAAUUAAAUGACAAAGUUACUUUUCCAGAUUAUUUAGAUUUAAAUUUUCUCAUUGGAGAUGACAAUGAAAUAGAUGACAAAGAUAUUAUAAAGCUUAAAUCCUCCACAGAGGAUGAUUCUAAUGUAUGUAGUAAAACGGGAAAUAAUAGUAAUAAAAAUAAUUCUACAAGUAACGAUUUUGCAUAUUGCGAACCAGAUGAAAGAGAUGAAAAAGUUAAAAAAUUACUAGAAAAUGGUCAAUAUGUUUAUGAAUUAUUUUCUGUUAUGGUACAUCAAGGUAAUGCUUCUGGUGGACAUUAUUUUGCAUAUAUCAAAAAUAUGGAAUUAAAUCGUUGGUUUUGUUUUAACGACUCACUUGUUACUGUUGCUUCUUUUCAAAAUAUUUAUGAUACUUUUGGUACUACAACAUUUCGAUGGGGUGUUAAUCAUUCAAAUGCAUAUAUGCUUAUGUAUAGAAGAGUAGAUCCAGAAUUAAAUGAAAAAUUUACUAAACCAUGUGAACUUCCAUCACAUCUUUUAGAAUUACAAAAGAAAUUACUUGAAGAAGAUAGGUAUUUAGCUGAACAACAAAGAAUUCAGGAUUCAUUAGUAACAUGUCAAGUUAAAUUGAAUUUAAUAAGACCACCUUCAUUUCAAAAAGAUAAUGAUAUCAUUCCUUUUCAAUUAACCUAUCAACCAGAUACUCCAUUAAAAUAUAUUCAUGAAAAUUUGGUUGAAAAUUUUCCAAGAUUUUUUGGUAAAUCUAUUGGACAAUCAUAUCAUUGUAAUUUGAAAAAUUCACGUUUAUUAUUAUGUAAAAGUCAUCAAUUUGACAUAAUGCCAUAUCCAGAUGGUGUUAAUGUUAAUGAAAAUGUCUUGAGUGAUGUAAAUCCCGAAGUACUAAACACUGAUGCUCAUCAUAGGCCAGAAGUUUUCUUCUUACUAGAUAUUAUUUGGGAAGGUUACACCGACUUUUUAUCAUAUGAUUUUGAACUUCAUCCUAAUGAAUUUGGUGUAACACUUUGUUUGUGCCUUGUCGAUUUAGACAAAGAUUGUAGACUUAGUAAAUUAUGUCAACUUGACUUUGCACAAAAAUUUUAUAUUCUUGGAUCUGUAACUGUUGGUGAAUUAAAAAGAAGAAUUUCAGCAUUAUUAAGAUUAUCAUUUAAUGAUUUUGAGGAACAAAAUGGUAUGCGUCUUAUUGCUGAAUUUUGUAAAGAUAAAUUUUAUGAAUCUGUAUAUAUGCAAUUAAAUGAUACUAUGACAAUGAAAGAUAUUUAUUCUCAUUAUAAUUAUGAUCAACCUUGCCAACCAAUAAUUUAUGCAGAUUGUAAAAAUUUUAGUCAAGAUACUAUUAAUGAUAGAAUGAAACCAAUUGAAGAGUCACGAUAUUCUAAAGUAUUAUCAAGAAAAAAGUUUGGUCACUAUGUCACUGUUCAUUUUCCUAAUUCUAAAGAACGUAAACGUUUUGGAUUAUCAGAUUUUCAUGAUUCUAUUGCUUUUCGUGAAGACAUAACUGAUAGUAGUAGUUCUAUUAACUAUUUACCAAUGGAUUCAAAAGAUUUGACGGAAGGACUUCUUUCUGAUAUUGAUAAUAGUUCUAAUCCAUCUCUAAGAUCUGAUGAUAUGUCAUCGGCAGGUAACAAUUCCGCCAACAGAAGUCCAGUUGUUUCUGAUUGUGAAAGAGACAGUAGUAGUGAAGAAUCUCCAAGGUAUCAAGAAUUUGAGGAUGAUUUUAAUUUAAUGACAGAAGAUUUUCCAUUAGAAAUAAAUAAUGAUAGAAUAUGGAAUACUGAAGAUAUUCCAAGUUCAAAUAAUGUUCAAUUAUCGAUAGAUAAUUUUUCUUACAGUCAAAAACCAAUCAGUUGUAGUGACAGUUGUUUUGUGGAAGUAAUCCAUGAAAAUUUAGCUGCAAGUAAUGCUAUAUUUUUAAUUGAUAGAAGAGGAAAAAUUCGUGAUAUUUGUGCGAGACUUGCAAGAUAUUUUGAAAUUCCUCUUCAAAAUUUUAAGCUUAACAGAGCUACAAGAGAUCAUGGUGGUCUUCAUUAUACAAAUUAUCCUAUUUCUGUUGACAAUGUUAAUAAUAUAGGAAAUAUUCUAGAUAAUGGUGAUGAUCUUUCUAUAACACUAAAACUUAAUCUUAACACAGGAGAAGAAUCUGUAUCAUUUUAUUUUAUUCAUUUAAGUCGUGAUACUAUUCAAACAUGCAAUAUAUAUUGUGAUAUAGCAUUGUCAAAAAAUGAUACUUACAAAGGAGCAAAAGACAAAUUGUUAAGAAAUAUAUACCAUAUUGAUGGGUUGGCUUUUGAUGGAGAUAAAUUACGUUUAUUGCAAUUUAAAGAUGAAAGAUUUUCAAAAGUUACAAGUAUUUCUGAUUUUUUGGAAUCUGCUUUUGCAAAUAAAAUACCGUUGUGUAUAUAUGUUAACAUAUUUGAAGAUUCUGAUAUUGAUUCAAUUGAUGCAAAUAAAAAAGAUUGGCAUUUCAUUUAUGCUCGCCGGUGGUUACCUUCUUCUAGUAGUUUUUCGGAUUUAAUUAAUGUUCCUAUCCCACCAUAUCAAAAUGAAAAUAGUCAUAAUGAAUCAAUACAAUAUGAUAAAUUUGGUUCCGGUUUUCACAGUUCCGGUGAUGAGGGUUCAUUUGAUCCUUCUGCCAAAAGAAGAAAACCUUCACAUUUUUAUGAGGAAUUGGAUCCAUCUUAUGUUCAGUUCGUUGAAUCUCAAUUGAGUAAUUUCUUAUGUAACAGAGAUGGUAUAAAGCCAUCUGAUUUAGAAUUUACAAAAAUAUUCCCAUUUAAUGCUACUGACAAAUGGCCUUUUAAUAUUGGAAAACUCAGUUUUAUAGAUCAACAAGUAGAAUUUUAUAGUAAACUUGUAUUUAAAAAAAACAUAAAGAAUUUUGAUGGUUGUGUUGUAUAUUUUCGUGAUGCUUCUGAACAACCUGCUGAAAUUUGUCCUGAUAGAAGGAAGGAACUUUAUAUUGAAGAAAAGCGACAUGCAAAUUCAAAUAUUAAUGUAUCAAGGCGAAUUGAAAGACCUUUAAGAAUUAAAAUUUCUACAAGCAUCUCUGAAAAUUGA